UUAGUAUCGCAAUAUCGUACUCUUAUUCAUACAAAGUAUUACGCAGCAUAGAAUAAUAUAAGAAUAUCAAAAAGAAUUAUAAAAAUUUCAAUAUCUGAAAUUUGUCCUUUACAAACAUAAAUUUAAUAAAAAAAAAAAAUAAAAAUGAUGCGCAUAAAAUGGAUUGAAAAUAUCUUAGAACUCAAGAGCAAAAGAACAUUAUUAGAAAAAAGAUAUGUUUUUCCUCAAAUAUAUUCUACCUUAAGAUAUAGUAUCACUUCAAAGAAGAAUGAAAUAAUUAAAAAUGAAAAUGAUUAUGAAGAUGAUGAUAUUAAAGCAAGAAAGCCUAUAAAAUAUUCAACAUCUAAAGCAUCAAAAUUUUUUUCUGGAAAUACAUCAAAAGAUAUUCCAGAACAUCAAGAUACAGUUGUAAUAACAUGUUUUGGUAUCUUUUUAUUGUAUUUUUGUGUUCUGAGAGAAGAAAAUGAUAUUGAUGAAGCUAUGGUAAAGAAUAUACCACCAGAAAUUUUUAAACAAAUAUAUGGAAAAGAAAAGGAAUAAAGGAAUGUAAAAUAAAUUUUUGAAAUUAGAAAAUAGAAAUGAAAUAGAUCAUUUAUAUUUCAUAAUUUAUAUUUCAUAAUAUAAAA